AUGGCUCCCUCCACGCAUUCCUCGGCAUCACCGGGGGUGGAUGCCGUACACCCACCGGAUUUGGGCCGCGUCACGUCCAAACGGCCUCUGACAGCCACGGAUAGCACGACAGACGCCGAGAAUCGUCGCAAGGAUCCCAAAGUCAGCAGAGCCUGUGAUACUUGCAAACGAAAGAAGAUUCGAUGCAACGGUACACUGCCGUGUAGGAGCUGUGCAAAACGAAAGAUUGCUUGUGCUUAUGACGCCAAAUAUGGCCGUGGCCGACCCCCGACCCCACCUUUCUCGAUACCAUCGCGAGUCCAGGAGACAAGAACUCCAAGACCCCCAGUUGACCCGAAUACUACUGACCAGAUAGAUGUGGUAUCGGCAGCAUCUGCUCCGCUCGCCAGAGAAAUUUCGCAGCAUUCACGACACGAUCCGACAUCUCAAGCUUUUCAAGAAACAGAGAUCGAAGAUCAGUACUUUGACCCUACUUCUGGUUUGAAUUUCUUACAUCGAGCCUGGCGAAAACUCUCGACUCAGAAGGGAGAUGGGGCUUCAUAUAGCUUUCUCGAAACAGAUAAACGUCAGCUUUUGGCUUCAGCUGGAGAUCGUCCUUUCAAUGCCGACAGCAAUGUUUUCGAUGCCUCGGGGUUUGUUUGCGUUCCCCAAGAAUCGAGACUGCGGAAGUUGCUGGAAUUUUACUUUGAAACCUGUGUUGUAACAUAUCGCAUGUUGCAUCGACCAACAAUUGAGGCUUGGAUGGACGCUUUUGUCAACGAUAGACGAGAUGGCCAACCAAUUGGGUACUCGCUCGGACAUGCAAAAUCUGCCAUUUUGCUGGCUAUCAUGGCUAUCGCCACUUUGCGAUACGAAAAGGUUCACGGAGAUAUGUUGUCUGAAAAUGAGGCAGACGCACUUAGUCAAAGUGAUCAACUUUACUGCAUGUCUACGAAUUUAACUGAGACUGAGACCGGAUUCCCGCGACUAGAGUCGGUACAAGGGAGGCUUCUCCAAGUGCUGUAUCUACUCCAAACAUCGCGUAUGAACAAGGGUUGGUAUACUUUCGGAAAUACAUGCAAUAUUACCUUAUCUUUGGGUAUGCACAGAAGACGCGAUUGUCAACGAGACGUGUCAUUCGCGAGUCGUCGCCUGGGUUAUAUUUCACUGCAAUGCUACAAGCGCACCUUUUGGGUAGCAUACACGAUUGACAAGUAUUUAAGUGUGGUUUUUGGACGGCCGAGGCUUUAUCAAGAUGAGGAUAUUGAUCAGAAUUUCCCAGAAAGUGUGAAUGAUGAAGACAUGACACCUCAAGGACCAUCAGUAUCUGAAGACUCGGGAGAUUGCCACAUUGAUUCGCUAAUAUUGCAUGCUCGGUAUGUAUCCGCUGAUAUGAUUUUGUGA